CCCGCCCUCUUCCCUUGACUGCAGUCCUGACAUCUGAACACAGAGCUGGUGCCGAGCUCGCUUCACAAUGUCCCAAUCCCUCCGCCCAUACCUUCAGUGCGUGCGCUCGUCCCUCACGGCCGCCCUCUCCCUCUCCAACUUUGCCUCGCAAGCCUCGGAGCGUCACAAUGUGCCUGAGAUUGAGGCUGCAAGCUCCCCCGAGGUCAUCCUAAAUCCCCUCACCGUGUCGAGAAACGAGAAUGAGCGCGUAUACAUUGAGCCCAGUAUCAACAGUGUGCGAAUAAGCAUCAAGAUCAAGCAGGCAGAUGAAAUUGAGCAUAUUCUGGUCCACAAGUUCACACGGUUCUUGACCCAAAGAGCCGAGUCGUUUUACAUUCUGCGGAGGAAGCCGGUCAAGGGCUACGACAUCUCGUUCCUGAUUACCAACGCUCACACUGAGGAGAUGCUGAAACACAAGCUGGUCGACUUUAUUAUCCAGUUCAUGGAAGAGGUUGACAAGGAGAUUUCCGAAAUGAAGCUCUUCCUGAAUGCAAGAGCACGUUUCGUUGCCGAAUCUUUCCUUACUCCAUUUGAUUGAGCGUGCGAGGAUGGCGUUUGUAUAUAUCACGUCAUUACGGAUAUCGGAAUAGAAGCAGCUAUGCGAGACGGAUUAUGGUCGAGGGCCCAAUUCGUUAGCUUGCAAGCAAGUGUGGGCAUGGAAAAGUUGCGAUCCAAGCUGAGCAUUCGACCAGCAAUGAAUACAAACACGAACUUGAAUCACCUUGUCGCACAUGACGUGCCCAGCGACGUCUCGAAUGUGUCUAUACAAUAUGGUCUAAUGGGCUCCUCGGUUCGAGUCGGGCAUCACAUACGCAUUGGAAUUGACAUGGUGAUUUGUUCU